AGUUCGCGGUGAGCGCUCGUACGGUGCGCUUUGUACUAGUGUGCCGCUCUAGAUGCUCGAUCACGUGGGAGACACUGCGCCGAGUUCCGCACGCGAUUCCGUGCACGCAAAGACGACGAGCGGGCAAGGGAUUAAAUGUGCGCCGCGCGUUCGUAAUGGACAACCCUAGCGGCGGAAGAGACGGUCGGUACGCGAGUCUCGGCUACGGCAGCAUAGGCAUGAUCGGCAGCGAUGCUGGCACGGAAAUUUACGGCCGACCGUCCACCUCUCAGCUCGCGGCAGCUUCUCAAAUAGGCCGCGGUGGCGCCACCAUGAUGGCCGCCGCGACGCCAGGCGUCGGCGUGCAGCGGGGUAUCAAGCGCACCACGUCCGACGUUUGCUACGACGACGGUAACACGGGCCGGCUCUCGCAAGGCAUGCCCGGCAUGCCCGGCGACUGCGUGCCCGACAAUCUCGAAGAGUCCUUCACCAGCCUAGGCCAGCCUAAGAAGUCACCACCCUCGAACGGUAAGAAGACCAAGGGUCGGGUGAAAAUUAAAAUGGAGUACAUCGACAAUAAGCUCAGGCGGUACACCACCUUCUCCAAGAGGAAGACCGGUAUCAUGAAGAAGGCGUACGAACUGUCGACACUGACCGGCACUCAGGUGAUGCUGCUGGUGGCGAGCGAGACCGGCCACGUGUACACGUUCGCGACGCGCAAACUGCAGCCGAUGAUCACGAGCGAGGCCGGCAAAGCGUUGAUCCAGACGUGCCUGAACAGCCCGGACCCGCCGCCGUCGGGCUCGUCCGGCGACCAGAGAAUGUCGGCGACCGGCUUCGAGGAGACCGAGCUGACGUACAACAUCGCCGACGACGAGCAGAAAGUAAGGCAACUGGUGUACGGCUCGCCGCACGGUGGUACGCUGCACGGCGGUUAUCCGACCGGGCCUGGUAGCGGGCCAGCGGGGGGCCCGACGGGGCCCCAUCCGCCGCCGCCGCCACCGCCGCCACCGCCGCCGCCGGGCUCGCAGCACGCGCAGCACGCGCACCUGAUAGCGCACGCUCACGCGGCCUCGCCGAGCUCGCACCUCGUCCCGUGUUCAAGCCCGGGGCCCAUGCUCGCCGCUGGCCCUUAUCAGCAGUCCUGCCCUUCGCCCCUGCCUCCGCAUCACGCCGCCUAUCAUCCCCAUAUGUCGCACUCGCACCCUCAACGGUAGUACGCCGUUCAUUCCGCGUCAAAUCCGAAUACUCACCUCUGAUUAUCGUUUUUACUUGCGAGAGAGUCUGUGCAAUUUAUUCGUACAAAAGCGGAGAAUAAGCACAUCGCUCGAAUUCGCUUUGAUUCGAAAGAACGAAGUGAUCGCCGAAUUCGAGCAACAUUUCAUUCAUGCGGAGUGAAUCUUCCACUCUGUAUCGUCGAAAGAGUGCAAAUAUUCUAAAGAAUGAAUUGUUUACAGGAACAAUCGAUUGAAAAAUUCCCUCGUAUAGAGUCGGAAUUCGCUCUGAGUGAAACAUUCGCAAUUUCGAGUGAAAAUAUCGCCGAACUUUUCACUCAUUUUGAGCGAGAUUUCACCCCGAGAAAUUUAGAGAGAGAGAGAGAGAGAGAGAGAGAGAGAGAAAAUCUAAUUUUCAGGGGAGUGAUCGUCCAGUGGUGUGAUAGCGUUUCGCGGUAAAAUUUCAUCCUUUCGAUCGCAACGAUAUCCUAAACGACGUUAGUUUUUUGCAAUCUAAUCACGUUCUUCUUCUCGGGAUGCGCAACUAUUUUAGCGCUCGCUGACGUGAGGCCACGUAUGGCUUUCGGAUACUUAAAUAUAAUAAUUUCUCUUUCGACGUCGUAUACAUCCACCGACGUAAUUUCCCUUCAGAUCGCUGUGCCCAUCAGCCGCGCGCGCGCGUGUGUGUGUGUGUGUGUGUGCCGUGCGUGCGUGCGUGCGUGCGUGCGUGCGUGCGUGCGCGCGCGUGUGCGUGUGUGUAUGACGGUAGAAAGAGAGUCACGCGUAUGAUGUUUAUUAAAUUGAUAUACGGUGGACGCGGAAGGAAUCGGCAAGUAAGACAACGAUCGAAUAUUCUUCAGAGUCGGUCGUACGUGACGCAUAUACGCCGAUUCCAUGCACAAAUCUAGUCCAUUUGAACACGUACUUAAAUAUUUAACAUGCGCACAUAUCGUGCAUCCGUGUAAUACCAGUCGGCGCGGAUGCGUCGCACGUUUCGAACGACUUUGCGUUUUCUCGUAAAACCGGAAGUAAAUCGCGAAAGGGACGCGGCAUCGUCCAAAUUGAAGGAUGAAUAUGAUAUGUUGGGGGCGACGGAGAUCGCAGUUCGAUCGUUAUCGAUGAUCGACGAGAUCUCGGAGAUGCCUGAUGGAGAUACGAAUCGUGAGACUCGACGGAACGGUCGUCUUUACGGUGAGAGUUCGUUCGUGCGAACUCCAAAGUUCGGUGCGCUCGACGAAAUUGACGGGCGCAUCAACGAGAGUCAUCGUGCAUACAUAACGCUCGUGUUUCGCGAGAAAGAGAGAGAGGUAUAUCUUUUUACCAAUUAAUUAUAUCGUAAGUUAGCCGCAUAGCGUAAUUUGUGCGACGAAUUACUCUGUGGCGAUUCGCGCACGUUAUUAAAUAUUCGUCCGUUCGUUCAACAGCUCUCUCAUUCUUUCUCUCUUGAUUUUCUUUUAUAGAUUUUUUCUCAUUUUUUUUUUUUACUUAACUUAAAUUGUAUUUAUUGAGCCGCGAGGUUGUUGAUAUUUUUUGACGUCGAAUUUUCUUAUUUAUUAGGAGAAUGCAAACGAGGCGUGUACAUAUCGCUCGCAUAAACGAUGUUGAUCACGCAGAUAUUCCUUUCGUAUCAUGUAUAUCUCACGUAUAUAUCGCGUUUGCAUCGCGAGGGAGGAUCGGCGGGUUCCCUGAUACGAUUCUUUGUUUGUGGGAGGCGCUCCAAGAAUUCCCAUUGUCAGAAGUCAGGCAAUAUUUGAUUCCACUUCUUUAUUACACUGAGAGAAAAAAAUAUCUGAAAAAUGAAGAAAUAUUUAUUCGGCGGAUAUUAAUAACAUAUUUAAAUCUCUCUCUAGAUUCUUUGAUUUAAAUAAAGCGAACAAUUGCUUUAACAAAUGUAAAACUAUAGAUUUAAGAAAAUAUAUAUUUCUCUCUCAGUAAAAACAAAAACAGUAAAACAAAAAGUUUUCUCAGUGUAAAAAUGUGUUAUUAGUAUCCACCGAAAUAAAUAUUUUUUAGAUAUUUUGUUCUUCCGGUACACUUAAGGGAGACGUACUUUCCGUAUUGCGAAUAAACCGACAUAAGUGGCGUGGGUGCGAGGCCGGGCGAAACCGGCGGUGCACGCUUGAAAGUUGCGCAUUUUUCCUUGUUGUGUCCAGUUUGUUGUACCUCCCCUUAUCCUCCUCUUCCUCUUGUGCAAAGUGUUGUACCGCAAGUGGCAUGUGUAGUAUCUUGGAUUGCCUUUUUUCGUAGAAUAAGUAGCUAGUAUUUAGACUAUCUUUUAAUUUAAUCCUUCCUGCCGCAUCCGCAUUUCCCCGAUCCUUUACGGAGCGUGACACAUACCAUCCAUCGACAUUGUGCAUGCGUAUGUGUGUAUGUAUUUUUUGUUGAUAUCUGUAUUAUAUCGUGUUUGAAGAGAUGAGCCGACGAGAGCAAGUAAGAGCAAAUGACGGGAAUGGAUAGCCUAGAGAAGGUAGAGCGAUACUUUUUUACAGACUCGAUCAAAUAGAUGUAUGAAAACUGUAAUCUAUCCCCCUCCCCCCGCGUCGACAUUGCAGAGUACAAAUAAUAAUUAUUGAUAAUAUGAUCUUAACGAUAAUCUGCGAGUAAUGCGGCUUUCAUGAUUAGUUUGUAUCGUAAUUUGUGUACAUACAGCGUAACUGUAAAAUACUGUGAUAAUAUUUAUAUAUUUUUACGCUAUACACACGCACACACACACAUACAUACAACCUCCUUCGAUAAUAUAGUCCCUACGAUUACUGUAGUCGGUCUCGAAUCUUAUCAUUUUUGCGCUGAUAGAUUCUCAUUGUGCUCAACAUUAUCACGAUGUCAUGAUGUUUCGCACAAUCGUGAUAACCAGGUACCAGGUAGGUAUCUCCAAAAAUCGCUCGGAAACUUGCAACUAAUUCAAAGAGAAUUUUCACAGCUGAUAUCUUCGUCACUCUCAAGUGGCGACACCCGUUUUCAAAGUUCAAACAUUAGCGGACUGUGUCGACCCACUUUUGACAACUCGAUUCGAGACUCAUAUUCAGAUCAGUGAUCCAGAAACGCACCGUAACGUGCGUCAAGAGAAAGAUAUAUAUAUUUUUUCUUUUCUUUCUGAAAUAAUUAAAAUUCACCCCCUCUCUAAAUUCGUAAAAACGAAACAAAAGAUAUGCGGAGGGAAAAAAACGUGUAAGGUAGGUUUGCGCUCCGAUCGUACGAGAGAGAGAGAGAGAGAGAGAGAGAGAAAAAGCGCCUCGAUUUCUACGUUUAACGUGAUCAUUUCAACGACGACAUCGUGUUGAUGAAAGUAAACUGUUGAAAGGAUUAAAAAUCGUUAAGAGGAAUAUCGUCGCGACAAAUCGAAGAAGCAGAAUGCACCGUUACUUAAUUUCAUUAUGCUUAUGAUGAGCGCUGAUAAUCUUUAUCGCAUGCUCUUCACUAUUUCCGAUAUAUAUAGGGAACGUUAAUAGUAAGAGUAAUUAUUGCACAAGCAUUGUAUCUCCAAAUACAAAACGAUCAUGCGUUUGUAUGUUUUCAUGAUUUCAUUCCGUACACAGGCGCUCUCACAGAGUUUCUCUCGCGGAUGAAGUUCGGUAACGAAUGGCCGAGUCGGAGGGUAAGAAGACUCGACACGUUGUGCAAGCUGCCUCGUAUCCUGCGCGAAGAAAGCCGUACUUCUCACCUUCACACGUCUGCCAUGAUAAGAUCGUUCUACAUUCCGCGCGACAAAAAAGACGUUUCGCUAACGAGCGGGCAAGAUAGCCCACAUCGGCGAUUGGCUAAUUUAACGUAAAAUAUUUUCUAAUCGGUGGUCCAGCAGAAAAACACCGGCCGGUGUGUGCGGCGGGACUCUCUGAAACGAAUCGGUACUCGUCAUUAUGAGGAACAGCUUUUUUGACGCACCGGUCGUUCACCGGAAGCUCGAAGGGGUGUCAGCUCUCCCCUCCUUCCGGCCCACUGAUUUGGUAGAUGGCGCGACUGCUGUCCGGAAGCGCGGAGCUUUCGGUACCGGAGGAGUCUGAGGGAAUCUGAAGGAUAUCCCGGUGAGGUCAAAGCACGAUUUAUGAACUGAAUAAAGCGGCCGUUCGUUCAUCACGGGGUUGCGGACGAAGAAAACGCGCAUCCAGGUGUAUCCACUCUCUCGCCAGCACGGAAAGAGUGCGACAGUGAGGGAAAGAGAGAGAAGGUGAGAGGUAGACGAAAAGAGAGAGAAAAAGUACAGGCCGAAGAGGAGGGAGGCCGCGUAUACGCACGCACGCACGCACGUAUGCGAGCACGGAAGGUGGAAGCGGAGUUCCAUAUACGGUCACCUUUGUCAAAGCCCGGUUGUCGCCAUAUACAGGCAAUGUUCACGAUGGCAGACACUUAUAUAGAGUCCGACUUAAGAGUCAGGAAUGUUGCUUUUUGUCGCACCUUCUCUACUGCACACACACGCUACACUCUCGGUAAACUGCUGCGAACCAGUGUCAUCGUCCAGACGGAACGAGGCUUUCGCGAGCUUUCCAAUCGGUAUAUCUACCACCCUCAGCCACGACGACGCGCUCCGCAUGGAUCAUCUCUUGACCUUCGCUUAGAUCGAACGAUUUAAUUAAUAUGAAGACGCGCGUCCUCUCUUACAUGGGGUCGCGCGGAAAAGCUCGCUUUGACUUCGGAGAUUUACCACGGUGAUAAAAUGUUGCUACCGGUAGUCGAAAGGUGCGCGCACCGAUUAAUGUUGCAAUUAACCAGCAAAUGACGCCGCAAACAGUAGCCAAUCUUGACUAGGGAAGAAGGGAGAAAGUCGUCGAGGGCCGAGCGCCCGUAAAUUCGCGAGAAUCUCCGCGAGAGGAGUCUGCGAGAUGGCCAUAUAAGGAGCGCGAACAAGCUCGCGUAUCUCUUUCUCUUUCUGUCUCUCUCGCUCACUCUACCAGAUAGAUAGGUGGUGGGUAACUGCUCAGUAAACAACAAUAAUAUCACGUUGAUAUUAUAAUUUUCCCAACGUAACAUAUAUCGUUGAGCGAGAAAUUGUAACAUUGAUACACUGUUGCUCGACAGGUAGGUCCACGCGUACGUUUAUAGACAGUUACAUUUCCGUUUGUUGGUACAUUUACUCGUCGUUCGGAUCCUUCACUACGUGAGAAAAAGUGGAUGCGUUCGUCGGUUCUCGGAUCGUCUCACUCGCGCAAUUUUCGGUAAUUUAAGCUACC